AUGGAUGAACUUAUCCACCACUGUCUUCGCGAACUCGCCUUCGACGGCGAGUUGGGAUCCAAUGUAUCUCGUCUGAAGGAUUUCAUUGUUGAUUUCUAUGCACACACCAAUUCCUCUCAUACUCAGAAUCCUGACGACACAUUCUGUGCCUUUGUUUGGGCUCUGGUAGUGCAGCAGCCCUCUACUAUUGUGGGCGUGGUUUCUCCCGAACUUGGUUCAGAAGUAUGGAUAGCACCCCGGACAAGUGCAAUGCGCAAGGCGCAGGCUAGAGGAGAAGAUCAUGUUGAACAGCAACCUCCGCAAUUGGAUCCCAUCUCUGAACCAAAAACAACCUCUCUUGAUACUCUACAACACGCAUAUGGGGAUCGUUUAAGGAUUGCUGUUGAACCUGAUUCCAUAUUUGCAGCUAUUACAGGAUCUCAUAUCCGAUCGUCAAAAAUGAGCCCCAUGGUGUACUCUGCCCUACAGAUCAUUACUCGAGGAAGAGAUUCUGGAGUUACUGUGGUGGACCUUGGGAAACAAUCCGGAUAUGAUCAAAAGACAUGUUUUUACUUGGUCAGACAGCUAACAGAGCUCGAACUUGUAGUGAAAGUUCGUCGCGGUGGUGUGGGUACUCAUUUCUGCAUUCACAAAUACUUCUUCGACAGAAGUUCGUCAUGGAAGGCCAUACGGGACGAAGAAACACAGGCAGAAAAUCUUCAAACAACAGGUCUCGAUAGUGAGGCCGAUUUAAAGGAAGAAGACGAGGAAAUUGAAGAUCCAGCAGCUCUCAACUUCACACCUAUCGAUGCUCGCCACUUAUCAAGUCUUCCGCUGAUAAGUGGAAGGGUCAUUAGAUUACUGAAAGCCUCAAAAAAUCAUAUGCACGCCUCAAAUAACAUGCUGAUAACCCUGGGAUUUUCGAAUCCGACAAAAACGGACCGGAGGUUCUUCCAAAGCAGAAUUCGUGAGAUGAUUCAACAACGACUCAUAGAGAAGGUCGUGGUUCCAAGUAACAAAAGAAAAUCAAACAGCAAAUCGGUGAAAUGUUUCCGCCUUGUAAAACAAGAGCUUUCUUCCCAUGGAGACCCAGUGCCAAUUCUCUCCGAUGCAGAUGAUGAUUUGGGAGAAAAUGCUGAAGGACAAAAUGGUAUCAAACUCAAUACUACUCUACACAAGCAAAUUAUCGAUCAGCUGGAGGAUUCUGGCACCUCGGGCAUGACUCUUAAUGACCUAUCCACGUCGCUCUGCCAUUUUGACAAACGGACUAUUGAACUUCUUUUGAGUCGUGCUGUUCACCACCAUCCUCCGUCUCAUUUAAGCGACCUACGCAUCGCACCAUUAAUAGAAACAAGUGGUCGAGAGCGACGUCACCGAUACAUUACAGUUGCCAACUAUCGCAAACUUGUAGCGCAAGAAAAACUCGAUAAUAAAAGUUUUGCAGGUUAUGAUAAUAUUGACUUGUCAGACGUUGGCGGUUUCCUACCGGUCCCUGGCAGCUUAUUCUACGAAAAAGACGCCGAAAUGAUCCAAUUUUGUGACAGCUUCAAGAGGAAUGAGCAAGGUCGUAUAUCCAAGGCAGGGAAUAAAAAAACCAAGAACCCAAUUCUCCCGGACGGGAGGAUCAAACGCGGAAGGCCAAGAAAAAAUGCCAUCAAAAACGAUGGUCAAGUUCCCUCUCGAUCGUUAAGACUGCAGGCACCGAAAAGAAAAAGGGACGAUUUGCUGGAUAGCACGCAAGUAGCUACUAUCGAAGAUUUGGAUGAUCCUCCUAAAAAGAAAACUCGGCAUUCGAAGAAACCCCAAGAGCGAAUACCGGAUCCCCCGACUACACGAGGGAGAGGCCGCCCACGAAAAAUCAAGAUUGCUGAUGUAAUUGACAAUGAAGGUUAUGCGGAAGACAUCAACAUGGAUACGUCACCGAAGGCGCAGAAAAAAAACGUAAAUAUCCCCACUUCCAAAAGUAUUUCAGUUGUGGAAGGUGAACCAAAUACCUCCGAACGUGGCGAACUUAUAAAUCGCUUGUUACCUGAUGAGGGAUCUCAUAAAGACACAAAUGACCAUGUAUUCACAGUACCAUCUACGAAUAAUACGCACAUUGAACAAAGGGGUGAUGAUGUCCGCGACAUGGCUCGUAGCAUGACGGAUAUCCCUGAAAUAAUGAAUCAAACCGAUAUGCGUUCGUCUUCUCAAUUCUCAGAAGGGUCGCAAAGUCCCGAAAAAACACCAAACUCUGUCCCUAACGCCGCUAGGAUCAAUGUUUCACAACUUCGACGGGAAAACGAGCUACUUCGAGUCGUUGAAAACGCCGGAGGUAUCGUCAAUAUCCAAAACAAGGAAUUUUAUCAAGCCCAUAUGAAAUUAUUGGAAAGUCUUGCACAAGCGGGAGAGCCUACUAGUGCCCCUGUCGGAACCAAAACCGAUAAAAGAACUGCCACUGCGACUUUCGCCAGCUUAGAGAAUAAGGGACGAAUAAAGCAACUCCGAACCUCAGUCACCACAUUCACUGGUGUCACACGGCCAGCGUGCAUUGUAUAUCUUCCCCACAUCGAACAGAAUCAAAUUAAUGAAUUUCUUGCUGAACUUGCGCGGAGUUCUCAGCAACCAGCAUCUCAUCUAACUUCAUUUGUCAAAAUUGACAGGAGGUUAGAUUAUGGAGCUGAUACUUCCUCCACGUCGAGAGGAAUUCUUCCUCUCCAACUUCUUCAAUUAGAACGGCCUAGCACCAACGAUAAGGAACGAUGGAGCAAAAAUGUCAGCAGAGCUAAGCAAUUAUUCACCCACGACGACACCACAAUUCGAGAUGUUUUUCUUGCAGAACGUACUACGGUUGCUCAGUUGUAUGGCUUUAUAGUCGGAAAGGCGUUGAGAUGUCGAAAAUUACAUCUUGCCGCAAUACACGCAUUCGAAACGCAAGUGGACUCAACUAACAUCGUCUCUCAUGAAAAAAGAGUCAUAGAUUUGUCUUUUUUUUGCCAUGACCUCCCGUUAGAUCUUUACUGCUCUUUGGUCUCACCUUUGACCUUUGACGAGGAGCUCGCCAUGAAAACAAAGUCAUCAAUGGGCCAGAAGACGUUGGUUCGUGAUUUGCCUCAGCAUCUUCAAACACUUUUGCAGCUUGGAAGAUCUAGAGCUCGUUCCCGGAUUCUUGACAUGUUGGAAAUACUUCGUUCGUUAAACUUAGUCACACCUCUGCGACCAUCUGAUUCUAGUAUUGAGGAACCUUUCCUCAGUUGCAUUCCAAAAGGUGGUCAUCCAACGUCGUUCAGUGUAGCUUCAUUGGACGGAUGGACGAUCAACACCCCAAUGAUUGCCCCAAACUAUUGGUGCUUCAAUGAAAGUAGUUCUAUCCAUUUGUAUGCAAAAUCGGAAAUUCAUCCACCCUAUUGGAAAACCAACAAACUUUCGUCAUAUUUCGAUGUCACGGUCUAUUGGGAUCAACUGCGCGAAGCAUGUCUUAACACAAACAUCAAUAUCGACAUCGAUGUUCAUUCAUCCCAGGCUUCUGCCGCAAGUGUUGCUGCAGCUCGAUCUCUGCGUCGUGCGGCAUCUUGGAAAUCCGAAUACUUUUUAACCUGGCAUCAAAUGCAGUACAUGAAGCAAUACAUAGAUUCAAUGGCAUUUUCCACCCCUCUUCAAAUUUCAGAUGAUACAGAACGACGCAAUCAAAUACAACAUAUAGCAUGGGUCAUUAGCGCUCCUCAAGAAACUGUGGAAAACUUUUUUUCUUCUUCUAGAGACAAACUUAUCCGAACAUCAGAGAAGAUGAAAGAAAAGGCCAGGAAAACGCAGAAACGUACCGAGGAAGCUAAAUUAUCUUUAGCCAAGAAAGCCGAAGAAGCAAGAACUCAGAGAGAGCAAGAGUGGUCCAAGUUGCUCGUGAAAAGUCAUGCGACAGCUUUGACAGGACCCGCUGUUGUUCGCCUGGAACGAAUUCGAAAUCAAUUUCUACAAUCGAUUUCUCUCAAGAAUGCCUCGGAAUGGGAAAAAGACAUUCAAUCGACCUUGGACGAAGCAAAUUGGGCGAACUCGAAGGCCUUGAAAAUAGCAUCAAAAAGUUUUUCGAAUGCCAAGAAACCCUCUGCCACAUCAGCUGCGAUAAUACCUGCCUCGGAAUCUUCUAUUCAAAGCCUAAUUGAAUCUCAAGGACCGCCAUUGCAACAUUCCAAGGUUACAGUGAAACGGAAAAAGAGAAAAGGCCAGAAUGCGGAUCCGUCUGAUAGUAGUGCUACCAUUCCGAAAAAAGUCACAAGGCGGCAUCGUUUUCAAUGGAAUACAGAAUACGACGAGCUUGCCCGUGAUGCAUCAGCAAUCAUUCGUGCACGCUGCAGAAGCCUUUCCAGACUUGAUUGGGGUGCCUUCGAACAAGUAUUCCCGUCCGUGCCGCGAAAUACUGUGCGCCAACGGCUAGCACAUAUCAAAGAAACGCCCGGGAAUGAAGCGUACCUACGCCGCCUAGAAGAUACCUGGUAUGAUAUCUGGAUUAAGCACAGGGGAACUUCUGCUCUUCCAGAUGACGAUUUUGGAAGUGCAUCCAACUUUAAUUUGGUUAAGCACAUCGAGUUUCUGAGGGCACAUGUCGAUAAAAAUGCCAUCCGUGUUGGAUUUGCUCAGACCAAAGAAAUUGCUACAAUUACUCUUCCCUCAGAUGUUGCAUCUCUGAUGGAAACCUAUAAUGUCGUGCAAGCUGAAAAAACCGCUCCUGAUUGGGAUUUCAUGUGGAAUGCCCUCAUCGAAGAAGGUCGCGAGAAAAGAUUGAAGAAAGCUGUAAUAUCACGAUGCCCUGAAAAUUUCCCCAAAGUUCGACUGUCCGAAUUGGAUGAGAUUGCAUUGGCAGAGUCUACUCUCAAGAUGGCGAUGGGCACACCGCCUGAACGGUAUGAUCCUGCCCAGGGAUCGUCAUUGCUAAAAAAUUGGGGUCAAGAUGUCAUUGAUGUAGCCACAAAGAAUCUCUUGACUCGUGGUGUCCUUUCUAAGUCACAACGGGACCCACUAAAACAAGGACCAGGACGUCAGCUGAAGAUUUCUGAAGCUAAUCAAAAUGCUAUCGGAGGUAAUAUCACGUCUGACACAUUCCAAGACGCUACUUCGCUUUUGGAGGAAAUCGAUCCAAGUGAUACGACUUGGCACGACUGGCCAUUGACGGCCACUGAUGGAGAUUGUGCUACUUUGAUUGAAUUGGUUUCCGAGGAUAAAGUGGAUUUCAAUAUUGACACUUCUCUGCCUCGAGCAGAACGCCCGGGUCUUGAUUGGAACAGCAAAAAAGCAGACGACGAUCAAAUCGAAACUGCGCUAGCUGUGCGUUAUAGGUUGGAUGCGCGAGCUAGUCAAGAUAUAUCCUCAGAUGACCCUCAAAUCACGGCCACAUCCGCCGAUUCAAUGAAUGAAUGCCUGGAACCAUCAGUAGAAGCGCACACAGACUCGGGACACGGACUUAGUGUCGAGAACAUACCAGCAUGCUGCAGAAGGCUUACGGGUCAAGGGCUAAUCGAUUGUGCAAUGUGUCUCGGUGACGCAUGGUCAAUAUUUCGCAUUUCGCUGUCCCAAGAUGAUCAAGAAACCGCUGAUUGGGUUUUGGAUAUUGUUAGCCAACGAAGAGAGUCCGGAAUUAAGAAAGGCGAUCUCAUUUCACUUGCGGGCCCUCGAGAUUUACGAGUGGCGAUAGUUGUGAACCAAAUGGUGGAGGCUGAAAUACCGUUGAUACACUGGAUGGGAUAUGACUCCCUUGUACUAGUCUCUGCUCAAUACCUUCGGAAGUGGACUGUUGUGGUAUCUGAAGAACCUUUUGUCAAUGCACUGCCUCGCCGCUGGUUAGACAUUCGCGGCAACAGAGUUGCUGACUUCUGGCAGUCUGGCCUUCGGGCAGUGAUGGGUCUGAUCGUAUUUAGACCUGGAAUUACUCAGGCAAGUUGGUCAAAUUUGGAACUAUCGAACAUUGUUGAUGAUCUUCCACAGACGGAAAUUCGAUGGCGUCUACGCGCAGUUUAUGAUCGUCAAGAAGUGAGCGAAAUUCUCCGACAUUUGCGGCGAGAGGGAUAUCUCCGUGUUCGUUUAGGAUAUUCAUCAGUGUGGACAACGUGUGGGACGGAGCUGCCUUUUGAUGAAGUGGAGGAGCGAAAAGUAUUUUGGUUCAUUGGCGACAAGCAUUGGUAUCAGUUGUAA